AUGACAAAACCAUAAGCAGUCAAUUUCAAAUUGUAUAAUAGAGGAAUAUUAGUUGUUGUUAAUGAUGACAAUAAAGGACAUAUCAUUGUAAUCAAUAAAACCUAUUUAUAUAGAUAGAUUAUUCAUUUGAUUCAAUUAAUUUAAAAGAAUUAAAUAUGCAAUACAUAAAUUAAAAAGUAAAGCAUAUUGUAAUUCAUGGUUUAUAUGCCUUAUUGAUAGGAGAGAAAACAUAAAGUAUAAUUACAGUUGGAGUUGAUGCUGUUUAUUUGAAUCAAUAAAAUUAUAAAGUUUAAUCAAAUCUGUUAGUUCCUUAAAUCUUAGAUGUUUUAAUGUUAUCUAAAGUAACCAGUUCUGGAAAAACAGAUUAUGUAUAUGCAUAUACAAGAACAAGAUUUUUAAAAUUAAAUCUCUUAGCAGUAAGUAUUUUAUUUAAAAUUUAAGGGGAAGUUUGAAAUAAUUUGUACAUGCUAAAGUUAAGAGGAAGCAAAACAAUCACCCUUUCAUUUUGAAUUGGAAUAUUACAAUAGUGAUUGUUAAGGUUGUUAAAAAAAGAAAAGCUAUACAUUAUACUUCAAUUAUGCUAUAAUGACAAAGGAAGAUGAACCUUUAAUAUAUAAGACUAUAAUUAUUGGAGGAUUGAUUGUUAUCGGAAUAAUAGGAUUGCUAAUAUAUAAAUAUUUAGCACUACUUCGAUUUUGGAAGGAGGCUAGAGAAAAAGUAAUCCAAUUAGAAACAUCUAAUACUCAACCUUAGAUUGAAUUUUCAAUUAAUGAUUCUAAGAUUGGACUUCAAUUAGAAGUUGAAAAUUAGAAAAAGAGUGAUUAGUGA